AUGUUUCGGCUCCUCGAUAAGGCACACUGCACGACGCACAAGGUGUGCAAUUCCUUCUCGCAGUUCUACAAAGGAGGUCCCAGCCUGUGGCGCAGUAGGAGCUGCAACAGUCCUGGCGCCAAGGGAAGCGACAACGAUGCUCGCAUCAGGCAACUUCUUGGACGUCUCAGGGCACCUCACAGGCCCACGCAGCACAGCAAAGCGGUUUCGUCUCUAGUGGCGUUGCGCAAGGGUUGCUAUGCUACUGGUGUUGCUCUCAGUGCUGCAGGACUUAUUGGUUGGGGAAUUCAGGUAAUGAUGCCUGAAAGGACCCGCACGUGGGCCGUGUUAAGAUGCGCGAACGCUGCUGCUGUCCUUGCUGCACUGAGCAUUGACUACAAGAUGCUUGCCUGGUGGGACAUCAGUGGCUGCCACCGUCGGAGUGCACGGCGUCUCGUGCGGUUGGCUGAGAGGAACAGAGGGGUAUACGUCAAACUCGGGCAGCAUGCAAGUGCUAUGGAGUAUCUGUUGCCCGUGGAAUAUACCCAACAGCUGCAGAAGCUUCAAUGCAACCUUCCCCCGUCUCCUAUGACGCAAGUGGAGGCGGUACUCAAGCAAGAACUCAACAUUGAGAGGUUGGAUGAAGUAUUUGAGAUAUUUGAGGAAACCCCCGUUGGCACCGCCUCGCUGGCGCAAGUACACUUCGCUGUGCUGGCAAAUGGGCAACCAGUGGCUGUUAAAGUGCAGCAUGCCGACGUGCGGGAGCUUGCCGAGACGGACACGAAAGUUGUUGAGCUGCUGACGGCAGUUGCUGCUAAAAUAUUCCCAGAUGUCAGGCUGGACUGGCUUGUAGAUCUCCUUCGACAAAACCUCCCUGCUGAAUUGGACUUCAGAAAGGAGGCAGAAAAUGCCAAAAGAUGUCGUGAUUUGCUGCAAGGCGGACGAUCCACUUUUCAUCUCGUUCUGCCGCAACGUUCAUUGCUGCAAUCGAUCCUCUUCCGGCUCGCAGCAAAGGCAGCAUCGUGGUUCAGGCUUUCUAAUCCCCAUAUUGGAGAUAACAAUGGUUCGAAACUGCCGAACCGCAUAGAAAGUGAUUCAGGAAACGCUUUGCUUGUUACGAACGAACAGAAGCGCUAUAGAUCCCCAGUGCUACACACAGGGUCAACCGCCACUUCAACCUUCCGCAUACAAGAUGGUGGUUCCAACUCCCACCCACAGGAUGAUAGCUCUCACUGCCUCACUGACUACCAGGUGGAGCUGUACGUGCCUAGGGUUUACAACCACUUGACUACCGCCAGAGUCCUCGUCAUGGAACGGUGUAAAGGAGUAGCAGUGGACGAUUUGCGGGGAAUACUUUCUCAAGGAAUCCACCCCUUAGCGGUCUCUGAAGCACUUUCGGAACUGUACGCGAGGCUCAUUUUUGACGUUGGUUUUGUGCAUGCUGACCCGCACCCUGGAAACGUUAUAGUACAUCUAGACAAGAGCCCCAACCCAGACUACGAUCUUCAACAGCCGACGAGUAGGUGCCACACAGCGGUCCUUUUGUCUUCUCUCAGCUGUGAGAAGGCCUUGAACACUCAGAGGCCGUCACGGGAAUCCGUCCACACAAAGGGGCGGCUUCGUCUCAGCCUGCUGGAUCACGGCCUAUACUGUUCACUUACUGAGCAAUUUAGAUAUACCUACGCCAGCAUGUGGCUUGCAAUGCAACGGGGAGACAUAGCAGGUGUGACUGCCUGCGCGAAAGAGUUUGGCGUGGGGGAAUUGGCUGGGUUGCUCGCCGUUAUUCUCAGCCUGAGAAGCGAAGACAGAGAGGCAGCACUGCUACAAAGGUCAUUCCCUGAAUACUUCACCCGGAUUACAAGCGUCCUGCAGGAUAUCCCUCAGGAACUAAUCCUUCUUAUCAAGACAAAUGAUUUGCUGCGAGCCAUACAAGGAAGGCUAGGCAUUGAUGAGGCGCUCGUUCUACUGCCGCUGCUACAUCGUGCCCUAGCUAUUGUUGGCAAGAAGGAAUUGCAAGAGCUUGUUCAGCUCAAGGCACCUACCAUUCAGGUUCUGAAUGCUCGCUGGCGGCUGUGGGUCGCUACGACGCGUCUAACGUGGGCGCAGCAGCUGUUGAGGGUGCGGUCCAUGAGCUGGGCCACUCCCCUAGAAAAGGCAAUCGACCGUCUUUGUGGCACCUCAUAA